UGGGCUCACCGGGAGACCGGGGGGAAGUGCGGGGAGCCGAGAGAACGUGUUGGUCACGACAAUGGUUUAAAUAGUCAGCUUCUGCUCGACCUGUUGAGCUCUUCCAACAGGUUGUCUGUUCCAGAUUCCAGCUUCUGCGUCCUCUUGUGUAUGGAGGAGUUAAUCUGAUGGUCUGUAAAAGAUGGGGAAAGCCAAGAAGAAGGCUGCUUCUGAUAAAGUACGGAAGAACAAGCCCACAAGAGACAUCAAGGCCAAUCCGUUUGAGGUGAAGAUAAACAAACAGAAGUUCGACAUCCUUGGCCGAAAGACAAAGCAUGAUCGUGGUCUGCCUGGAGUGUCUCGAUCCAAAUCCAUCAAAAAACGUACAGAGACUCUGCUGAAAGAGUACCAAAGCCAGGGGAAGACCAAUACAUUUAUAGACAAAAGGUUUGGUGAAUAUGAUACGGAGUUAACAGAAGAUGAGAAGAUGGCAAAGAGAUUCUCUCUGGAGCGGCAGCGCCUCCACACGAAGAAGAGCAUCUACAACCUGAACGAGGAUGAGGAUCUGACCCAUUAUGGGCAGUCUUUGGCAGACAUUGAGACCUUCAAUGACAGACCAGACAGCGACAGUGACACGGAAGAAAAAGGCAAACUCUCUGCGGAGUUCACGGCUGCCGCGCACUUUGGAGGUGGUGGCUUGUUACAGAAGAAAGCAUCUUCUAAAGGUGAUGAAGAGGAGCAGAAGCCCAAAUCCCGGAGAGAGUUCAUUGAAGAACUUAUCAUUAAAUCCAAAAAGGAGAAGCACGAGCGGCAAGUGCAGCGGGACAAGGCGCAGGAGCUGACUGAGAAACUGGACAAAGACUGGAAGGAGAUCCAUUCCCUGUUGGCUCAAAAAGGUCCUAAAAUUGAGCCAGUGGAGGAAAAGCCCAAGGCUGGAGAUUACGAUAUAAUUGUGCGAGAGUUGUUCUUCGAUGCGAAAGCACCAGCUUCUGACCGACUGAAGACCAAGGAAGAACUGGCUAAAGAGGAACAAGAAAAUCUGCAGAAACUUGAGAUGGAGCGAUUACGUCGGAUGCGUGGAGACUUUGAAGAUAAAGUUAGUAAGACACAAAAACACUUGUCUGCAGAUGACUUGAAUGAUGGUUUUAUCCUAGACAAGGUCGAUAAGCCUUGUCUUGUUUACAAGGAUGGGAAAUUAGAGCAGCCAGAGGAUGAAGAAGAGGAGCAGGGUGAUGAAAAUGAUCCGGAAAGCAGAGAGGAUGGAGACAGUGAUGAGGCUGAAGAUGAGGAAGAUGGAGAGGAUGUAGACAGUGAUGAGGGUGAAGAUGAGGAAGAGAACGAAAGUGAUGAAGAUGAGGAAAAGAAUGAAAGUGAUGAAGAUGACUAUUCUGACCUUGGGGAUGAAGAUCGGUCAGAAUUGGACUCUGAGUCUGAAAGUGAAGAGGGUAAGGGGGAAGGAGAAGGUGUAGCUGCUGAAUCCAUCCCAAGGAAAGAAAGAGCGCCAAGUGAAGAAGCAAGGAAAGCCAUGAUGGAAGCAGCCAAGGCAGAACUCCCUUUCACUUUUUCUGUCCCCAAAUCAUACGAAGAUUUGAAGUCCCUGUUGACAGGACAGGACGCAGAGAAGCAAUGCCUGAUUGUGGAGCGCAUUCGGAAGAGCAACCACCCCAGUGUUGCAGCAGAAAACAAAGCCAAGUUAGAGAAUUUCUUUGGUUUCCUGUGGGCUUAUGUUGGAGAGCUGGCAACCAGGCAGCCAGCUGAACUGAAAGUAAUUGAUGGGAUGGUGCCCCAGUUGUAUGAUUUAUCCCAGAUGUUCCCUGAAGCGGCAUGCAGUUUAGCUCAGUCUACCCUGAGGCAAAGCAUGCAGGAACUAGAGGAUCAGCUGCGAUCUAAAGGUCGGGCAUGUUUUCCUAAAUUGGACAAGCUAACUUACCUAAAAAUUACAGGGGCUCUCUUCCCGACCUCUGACUUCCGACAUCCUGUGGUGACCCCUGCGCUGGUACAUUUGAGUCAAAUGCUCACUAAGUGUUCGGUCACCUCGCUGCGGGAAGUGGCUGCUGGACUAUUUGUGUGUUGUCUCUUCCUGGAUUUUGUUUCCUUCUCAAAGAGAUUUAUUCCUGAGGUGAUCAACUUCCUUCUAGGAAUUCUCCACCUGGCCGUUCCAAGUAAAGACAACCUGGAAUACACAGUGAUCCCGCCUUUCAAAGCCGUUGGAAAAUCCUCUGAUCUGUUGGUGCAGAAGGAUACAAAGGCUGCUGAAUCGUGGGAAAUGAAACCAUUACCGAUGAGCUGGAUGCACGGGGUGAGGCCGUGCGAUGAAUUGCAAGUGGCACACUUCAGGUUCACCUGUGUGGCCAUGUGCUUCAAUCUAUGCAAGAAGUGCUGCUCCUUGUACAGGACACUACCGGCUUUUCAGGAGAUAAUUCAACCACUGGAAAAGCUUCUCACCUCCCACCUGCCCAUGAACGAUUACCCAGCUCAGCUCCAGGAAUUGUAUCAUGAGGUCCUGAGGGAAAUAAGAGACAGGCCAUCCUGCUAUCAGCCACUCACGUUCGAAAAGAAGAAGCCUGUCCCCUUAAGAUUCUUCACACCUAAAAUAGUUGAAGUCACGGACUACGGGAGAAAGCGAGGCAGCACCCAGCAAGAGAGGGAGCGGAUGAGACUCAUCCACAAGCACAAGCGGGAAUUCAAAGGAGCCAUCCGGGAAAUCCGCAAGGACGCACAGUUUCUGGCCAGGCAGAAGCUUUCCGAUAUAAUGCAAAGGGACUCGGAGAGGAAGAGGAAGGUCCAGAUGCUGAUGGGCAGCCUGGCGACUCAGGAGGGCGAGUGGAAAGCCAUGAAGAGGAUGAAGAAGAAACUCUGAAAGCAUCCUACCUGCUGCUGGAGGAAUGGCCCAGAAUUGAGAUUAAACCUUGCUGCCACCACUUAUUUAACAAAGCAACGUGUCCCAAGGCACUUUGCGGGAGUGUUCGACCAUGCGAGUCUAGUAAUGCAAGGUUAUUAAGUAACUUUUCUGUCAUCUAACCGCAGCUAAAGCCCUUAUGUGGAUGUUGUGGGUAUCAACACAUUUUAUAGCUCUCUGCUUAGUGUCAUCAGCGGUCUGGGGGGAGGCAGCCUUGCUGAACAGCUGUCUUACAUCAAGGAGGGGAAGCCUUGUUGUUUUUAGAACUUGUACAAACCAGAAAUAAAGACCAAUGGAGUAUAAAUUCCACAGCAGAUAAAGACAAGCUCAGAGCAGUCUGCUGUUGAGCUAGAUUUAUCUUUUCCAGAUGUUGCUUCACCAGCAGAUACACACACGGGGAUUCUGCAAUUGCUGGAAGCCUUGAUCAGCACACAUAAAAUGCUGAAGGAAUUCUACAAAUCAGGCCACUUCUACGGAGAGGGAAAAAACAGGCAACUUUUUGGGCCAGGAUCUUUCUUCUGGAAUGCUGAAGCUAGCAGUCGGAGUCCUGAUGAAAGGUUUUGGCCAGAAACGUUGACUGUUUUUAUUCCUCAAAUGCUGCCUGUCCUGCUGAGUUCCUCCAGCACUUUGUGUGUGUUUUAUUUCACAAGCAGUGCAGUUUUAUUUCACAAGCUGUCGCAGAGGAUUAAUCACUGUUUCCUUUUUUUAAUCAUCUGGUUCAUCUCGUUACGAUAACCCAUGGUAGGUAUUUAACCAGGCACAGGAAUGCAGUGGACAUUGCAGGGUGAGUGAGCUCCCUUCUGCAGCACACACAGAGAAGGUAAUGGCAAAAAACGAGUAAUGCACAGAAUGCAUUGGGAAAUAGGGUGCAUUUAUUGUUUGUUUUGGGCCAGCUGUCACAGAUAAUCUGUUGUAAAUGUGGUGUCCAGAGAGAACUUAAGAAGUAGAAGCAAGAGUAAAUCAUAGGGGGCCUCAGUAUUGUGGUGAUCAGUGUGACACUAUUACAGUUUGCGGCAUUAGAGUUCAAUUCCAACGCCUUCUGUAAGAAAUUUGUAUAUCCUCCCUGUGAGCGUGUGAAUUUCCACUGGGUGCUCCAGUUUCCUCCCACAGCCCAACAACCGGUUAGUAGAUUAAUUAGUCAUUGCAAAUUGUCCUGUGAUUAGGCUAUGGUAAAACAGUGGGUUGCUGGGCAGCGUGGCUCACUGGACCAAUAUCUCGAAUAAAUAGAAUAAUUUUGCUCUGCUAUCGGACACUUUUUUCCUUAUCCUUCACUUCUCCUGAUAAGCAAAACUGUCAGUCCCAGUCCUGAAUGCACACAGUAAUUAACCAAAAAACUGCACCUCCCUGAAUAAAAUUCCUCUUCACCUCCGUCCUGUUUAUUUGACAUGUUAUCCUCAAACUGCAUGUACACAUGCACACUGCACUCUCCACACCCGUUUCUGGUUUCUCCAUGCUAAGGAACCCGCCUCUUGACUUCUACAGUAAUAAUCUCCCUCAGAACCUUCGCAUCUCAAUGAAGUCACCUCUCGUUCCUCUAAACUCCGGGGACUUUACAUCAAUCUUACUCAUUUCUUAAAGUUCAUCCCCGUCAUUGCUGGAUGCAUCUUCUACACUGAUUCCACGGCAAAUGUAACUUCACUUGGGUCUAGAGACCCAAAUCUCAGUGUGAUCGAACCUGUAAGAAAGACUUGAAAUGAGGCACCCAUUUCCAACUGAACAUUCUGGCUGAUAAGUUGAAACAGCUUCACCACAAACCAUCUCUUCUAAUAAGUACUGUUUAUUAAUAUUGUUAUAAAGCCAUCAAUUGAUUACAGUUGUAUGAUAAUUGAAGUUUUACUGUCUUUACACUAUGUAACAUAGAACUUGAACAGUAAAACUUAUCACUUAUUUUUGUAAAAAUAUAAAUAAAUGUGACUGAUGG